ACUACACUCACGCAUUAAAUAUAUACACGAAUAUUUGCAAAAGCGCACGGGCCGAUAACCGAUUUAUAUUUAAACCCCAACGGAAGCGCAAUUGUCAUCAGUUUAACUUUGUUCCACAACAGUAAAACAACUACCAAACAAUCAAAAUGUUCAAAUACUUCGCUCUCGUUUUCGUCGCCCUCUUCGCCUUCGCCGCUGCUGAGCCUAAACCAGCUGUGGUCGCUGCUCCAUUGGCCUACUCUGCUCCAUUGGUCGCCUCUCCCUAUGCCGCUGCUUAUGCUGCCCCAUAUGCCGCAUACGCCGCAUCUCCCUAUGCCGCCUACGCUUCACCCUACGCCGCCUACUCCGCUUACCCCUACAACGCCGCCUAUGUGCUCCGCAAGUAAACGGAAUGUAGCAGUUGAUCUGUGAUAGCACCAAAUUGGAUUUGACUUGCAAUGAAAUGGACAAAUUUUGCAUAAAAGCUAAUGAUAAAUAAAAAGAAACCUUAAACAGAAA